GGGUGGAGGUCCUGCAGGAGACGAGAGCAGCGCGCCACGGUUGCACGGUCACUCAGUGCUCGUUGGCGGCGGAGCGUGAAGACCCGUGUGCAGAGAGGCGGCUGUGACGGCAGUUUCCCCGGUCUUUGAGUGCCUCCAGUCCGGCAUGUCCCAGAGGAAGCGCGCUGGACGCGGCAACCGUGAGGCUUCAUCACUGACGGAGCAGAUGGUGUCGGGAAAAUGACUCGGGCUCUCCCCGUCCUCGCUUACCUUUUCUCCCUGAUUCACUGCAUCAGCAGUGCUGACUCAGAGGAGCGGCUCAUGAACUGGCUGCUGGGGAAGGAGCGCUACAAUCCGCUCAUCCGUCCGGCUGUGAACAGGACCGAAAGAGUUACAGUGAAGCUCCAAGUGUCUCUUGCACAGCUCAUCAGUGUGAAUGAAAGGGAGCAGAUCAUGACCACAAAUGUCUGGAUCACUCAGCACUGGGUGGAUUACAGGCUCUCCUGGGACCCCACAAAGUAUGAAGGCAUCGACAAGCUGCGGAUUCCAUCCAGACACAUAUGGCUGCCAGAUAUUGUUCUGUACAAUAAUGCUGAUGGUACCUAUGAGGUGACGGUCUUCACCAAUGCCAUUGUUCUUUUCAAUGGCAGCAUCAACUGGCUUCCUCCAGCCAUUUACAAAAGCGCCUGUAAGAUCGAGGUAAAGCAUUUUCCCUUCGACCAGCAGAACUGCACCCUCAAGUUCCGCUCAUGGACGUACGACCACACUGAGAUUGACCUGAUCUUGAAGUCUGAAGCGGCUAGCAUGGAUGAUUUCACUCCCAGCGGCGAGUGGGAUAUUUUGGCUCUUCCAGGCAGACGGACUGUCAGCCCACUGGAUCCCACUUAUGUAGAUCUCACGUAUGACUUCAUCAUCAAGCGAAAGCCCCUUUUCUAUACCAUAAACCUAAUCAUCCCCUGUGUGUUGAUCACCUCUCUGGCCAUCCUGGUCUUCUACUUGCCUUCAGACUGUGGAGAGAAGAUGACCCUCUGCAUCUCUGUGCUUUUGGCUCUCACUGUUUUCCUGCUUUUAAUCUCCAAGAUCGUUCCUCCCACCUCACUGGACGUGCCUCUGAUUGGCAAGUACCUGAUGUUCACCAUGGUGCUGGUGACCUUCUCCAUCAUCACCAGUGUGUGUGUGCUCAACGUGCACCACCGCUCUCCCAGCACCCACACUAUGCCUUCCUGGGUCAAGCUGGUAUUUCUUGUCAAACUUCCUGCCUUACUCUUCAUGAGACGCCCUCACAACAACUCCGCCCGCCAGCGUCUUCGACACCAGCGGUGCCUAUGUGCAAGGAGAGACAUUUUGGGUUUAGGUUACCCAGUUGCAUCCAAAACAGGCAUUACCAUGUCAUCUUCUGCCCUGCUGACCUCUGACUCUACCUUCUCCACCCCAGGACACAAAAAUGCAGCUCCUUCAAUGGGCUACAGUCACUUCAACAGGAAGGAAGACUUACACUCCACAGAUUACCUUCCUGCUGGUUUCACCUCCACCAAGGACCUUCAUCAGAGAAGCACCUCAGAGUGGGCUGCUGAUGUCCAGGAGGCAGUGAACGGUGUCCGCUUUGUGGCUGAGCACAUGAUGGGAGAUGAUGAUGAUCAGAGUGUGAUAGAGGAUUGGAAGUACGUGGCCAUGGUAGUGGAUCGACUGUUCCUGUGGAUCUUUGUGAUAGUGUGUGUGGUGGGAACCCUGGGUCUCUUUCUUCAGCCCCUCUUCCAGAGUCAGAUUAUUCCCAAUCAGCAACCCAGUUCAGACACACCACGCAUCUGAUGACAGACGAGGGAAACUGAGCAGCUUUGGAGUCUUUACUGAGCAACUGAGCUGUUAAAAACAUUCAAAUAGAUGUGUGUGUGUGUGUGUGUGUACUUGUAUUUGUUACCUCUUUAGAACCUUCUCUGGCACCAGUAGUCCUCAUGGAGAUCAAAACCUGAUUCUGCUGAGACAGAACCUCAUUUCUGAGAAACUGGUUAAGUUAAGGGCUAAAAUUUGAAUCGUCGUCGCUAGUAAGGUUAGGGUUAGGCAUUAAGUGUUUAUGGUUAAAGUUAUGGAUAUGAUUUAAAGGGCCAAUUCACCCAAAAACAUUUGGUCAUCAGACAGUGGAUCUGAGAUACAUGUCUCAUUCCCAUCUGACAAAAAGUUAGCGUCAAAGUGACUGCCUUCAAAGCAAAUAAAAUCUUCACUCUGUUUCUGUCAAU